UAAUCAUGUGAAAUUUGGCUUUUUAUGGUUCUUAAUAAACUAUAUUAUAUAAAUAAUUAUGAAUCCCCAUGAAACAAAAAUGAAAUUAUUAAUUGACAAAAUAAGCCCUAAGCAUAAAAGUUACCAAGCACAUAGACCAUAUAUUACUUCGACUGAUAAUAAUUAUAUACUUUGCCUUGAUGGUCAUUGUUAUAUUAAAUUUGAAACAUUAAACAAAAAGAUUAUUUACAAAUGUGUUAAAGACCUUUGUUUAGGAGCUGGAAUCAUUGAAAAUAAUUCUUUUAAAUGUAUUAAACCCCAUUCAAACUUUUGUAUGAAAGCUACAGUAGCUAAUAAAUUUAAUAUUCUUUCAAUUCAAGGUAUAAAUGAAUCAUCACCAACACAUGAAACUUAUAAUAAAAUUUGCUCGCAGAUAACAAAAAAUAAUUUUUCUAUGCCUACUUUGGUCAUUACCCCUAAUCAAAUUAAUAAUGAAUUAAUUAACGAAGAACUUUCAUCAAAUACUACAUUUCAUAAUCAUUCAUCAUCAUCAAUAUCACCAAGUGAGCAGGAACCUUUAGGGUCUCUUGAGCCGAUGCUUCUUGAUUUAAAUAAAUAUGAAAAGCAAUUGAAAACAUAUGAAGAUUAUGGCAAGAGAAACAUAUUAUCCAAUGAGAAUAUGAUAAUGUAUGAUGAAUUUAUUGGUGCGGCUACUGCAGAUACUACUACUAACCCCAUCAUAGAGGUUACCGUUAAAAAGGGAAAAUUUGUUAUAUUCAGCCAGGGAUAUUUUUACAGCCAAACAAAAGUGGAAGGAACCCAAACCCAUUAUAAUUGUAGGAAUAGCGCGUGCCCGGGUAAAGGUUUAUUAAUUGACAAUUCAUUCCAAUGCGUACAAUCCCACGUUGACGAUUGUUUGAUCAUGCUCAAGAAAGAAUUUGAAGGAAGUAGCAGUGACGAACAUGCUGGCAACAAUUCAACGAAUAUUAAUGAAAGUAGUGCCGAUAAAGGGAACAAUGCCGUCGAAAGCAAUAUCGAUUUAGUCUGUAAAGAGGAAUUCGUCGAUGAAAAUUAUGAUAACACUGGGGGAAUUACUGAAAGCCAUCCCGUUGUCAAUAGAAAGGUCCAUCAACACAAAAUGCCAACGGAUGAUCUGCCAAAAUGGCGCCCCACUAGAUUAAUGAGUAAUGAAUCAUUGUUGCAAUCUCCUCCCUUCAAGCGAACCCCAAAUAUCCUCCAAAAUACCCUGCCUCAGGUCAAAUUGGUAAAACUUAAUCUAAACCCCGCUUCGAAUACCUCUCAUCCGACCUACGUCUUCGGUAAGCACACAUAUGCGAGGCGCGAUUUCAAGGAUGGGGCGAUUUAUUACGAAUGCCAAAACGUAAAAAUUUGCCAGGGGAAGGGCAUUCUGGUUGGGGACUACUUUACACCCACGACGGGCCACACGAAUGAAUGCUCACAUAUUUCGGAUAUAUCAUCGCGAUAUUGCAAACCAAUCGAGACUCCUCCGGAAGUUUAUACAGACACCCGUCCUUUUAGAAUAGCCGAUUAUCGCGUUCAAAAAUGGUCCAACGGCAAGAUUUAUUACAUAUGCAGGACUCAGCAUUGCAGAGGGAGGGGCAAGCUCACUGACGGGAAUACUUUUACUGUCACUCAACCUCACGCGCCAUUUUGCAAUAGAACUAUGAAAUCGCCAUCUUGCAACUCUAACGAAAUCGAUAGCUGGAACCAAGUAGUCCACGAGGAUUACACGUAUAGAAGGUACAGCCAAAAGAAGGGUAUCGAUUAUUACAAAUGUUUGCAAGGGUUUUGCAAAGGCCGGGGCGUUUUGAUAGGACCUACCCAAUUCAACGUCACUCAAGUGCACGAUCAAUUAUGCACGGUUGGUCACGUGACAGGUCAAUUUCCCAAAGAGAUUGAUAAAUCGAACGUAGCAUCUCCUCUAACCUACGUGAUGUCUAACAAGGGACUCCCCAUGGCGUUUUACGAAGGGUGCUUCUACCUCAAGGACAAAGAUAGCAAUGGGAAAACAUAUUAUAGGUGCCGUAGUCAUGGUUGUAAUGGGAGGGGUAAGUCGGACUCGGGCCUAUUCGUGGUCACCAAGCCCCACGGUCAAACCUGCGUUAAGACGUCCAAUUCGGACCUCCAAAGCUAUAACGAAGAAGUGAUAAACUCUACCCUCCUCAAAACGUAUCGGUUCUCCGACAAAACCCCGACCCUGGCCUUCUACAACGGCCGUUUUUACAUGAGGAAAAACAAAUCGACCAAAGGUACCGUGUAUUACCAUUGCCGGAAUAACGCGUGCCAGGCCAGGGCUAAGUUGAAGGGACCCGCUUUUCGCAUAACCAAGGUCCACGAUGAGAGUUGUCCAAUCGUGCUCGAUUUUGGGCAAGAUUCCGGACUUUCGCUAGACGCGAAAGAUGGAUACUUCCCCGACUUUAGGAGUGAAAUGGAAGAGACGGCGUUAGUGGAAGGAGCUGGCAUCGAAAAGUCUCCAAGCUCUAUAGAUGGCCAAGACGAAAUUCUGACUCAGCUUCAAUCGAUAAUAUCUGAUCCGACCCGAUCACAUGUUUCCGAUCAGAUGACCGAUAAGAAUGCCGAGAUGCCGGUUAACGAUAAUAACAUGAACAAUCUUAUGACCCUCGUGGGGAACAUAAGGACUAAUAAAUCACUGACCUCGCCGAUUUUCGUUAUCGAUCAAAAUACUAUGAAACUUUUAACCAGUAAUAAAACCAAUACCACCGAUUCCGCGAAUCCUAACGUACAUCCUCCGAAUCUUCCACCCGCCAUUCACGCGCCUAUCUUGGAUUCUUACCAAUUGCCGCUCCCGGUUAAAGCGAUUAACGAAACCCAGAUUUUUGAUCCUGACGAUAAUAUUGAUGAAACACAUCACCCUAACCCCAUUAUGUGCGGCACUCCUACCUACUUAUCCGGUAAAAGGGCCAAGAGCGUUCCUUAUUUUGAUGGAUACCUUUAUAAGCGGUACAAUAAAACGUGCCCCGUCAUUUACUGUUCUUGCAGGCACCCAACAUGCCCCGGCCAGGGUUUCAUGGACGAAAAUAAUCUUUUCAAGCUAACCAAACUUCACAAUCACAAUAGGCUUGACCCCGAAGAAGCUACUCAGUUUUUGAGCGAACAGUUAUCCAAGCGGCAACACAAUCUGACUAACAAGCUCAACCCUUUAUUUACGUCCGAUACCUGCGUGACGGAACCUCAGCCAAAACUGUGUAAGACAUACUAA